AUGUCAGUUGAGCAGUUUUCUGCCCGAAUUAAAAAGGAUAAUAUUACAAAAGCUCUGGCCGAAGCAGAAAAAUUUACAUUAUCUCAAAAGAGUGCACCAUCUUCUCUUCCUAUUUUUCCGACAGCCAAUCCAUAUGCAGAUACUAACAGAUCAGGGGGUGGGAUGACUAAAAAUGAAAUCGAGGACUUGAUAAAAACUACAAUGGCUUCCUCACAGCCUCAAACAGCUCAACAAAACACCGAUUUACAAUCUUCUAUUAAAUUAUUGCAGGAGACUAUGUCUCAAGUGACUAAGACUCUAGAUAAUAGUAAAAAAUCGGCCAAUAAGAGAGGGAAAGACCUUAUUAUUAGACGAUUUUUAAGUGAGCUACUAAGGACAAAAUCAAAUAAGCAACCUGAAAAUGAUUAUAAUUAUGACCCUGUGAAUAAUAUUACUGACAGUAUGGCCGGGAUGACACUAAAUAGUGCCACAAUAAAUGCUAUCAAAUCCGCCGUUAAAAGUGCCGUUAAGAAAUGUUCUAAGUGCGGUAGAUUUGGACACACUUCUCGUAAGUGCUCUGUAAAGAAAAAAAAGAAAAGUAAGAAGUCUAAAAAGGUUCAGAUGAUUCUUCCGAUUCUGGAGGCGAUAUUACUGUUAAUAUUGCCAAGACAAAAAAAAAGUGAAGAAGGGGAGUGAAUCUGAGAAAUUAUCCUCUAAAGAGAUAUCUAGUGCCAAGCUGAGAGAAAUACCACUAGAGAAGACUAUUCGUAAAGUCCUUCAUAGUGAGCUUAAACUAAUCUUCCCCCCACAUUUUUUC